AUGCCGUCCUUCGAGGAAGGGGCGUUCACGAGCCCCAGGGGCCGCAAACUCUAUACGCUGAAGUGCCUCCCGGACGGGGCGCCGCGCACGCACCUGAUCUACCACCACGGCCUCGGCGACCACUGCGACAGGUAUCGUCUCAUGAUGGAGCGCAUGGCGUCCAAGGGCAUCGCCGUGUACUCGUACGACGCGGACGGGCACGGCAAGAGCGAGCCCAAGACCCCCGCGGACCGCUGCUACAUUCCUUCCUGGCAGGGCGUGGUGGACGAGGCGCUGGCGCAUGCCUUCCACGUGCGCUCUUCGCUACCAGAAGGCACGAAGGUGGCGAUCAUGGGCUCCUCGAUGGGCGGGCUGCUAACGGUGCACAUGGCCCUGCGCGACCCGGGCGCGUUCUCGGCCGCCGUCAUCACGUCGGCCGCCAUCGACGUGGAGUGGACGCUGCCGUUGAGAAUCAUGUCGGCCGUGGGCUCCGUCGUGGCCGCGAUGCUGCCCCGGCGGCGGUUCGUGUCGGCGGUGCGCCCCGAGGACAUGAGCGACGAGCCGGACGUCCUGGAGGCGUAUUUGAGCGACGAGCUCAAUUUCAUCGGCAACACCAGAAACAGGACCGCCAAGUCCGUCGAGGACGGUUUCAACAUGCUGAAGGACAUGUCCAAGGACGUGAACGUGCCGCUGCUGGCCAUCCACGGGUCGCAGGACCGGUGCACGUCCCUCGCGGCGGCCAAGGCCCUGGUGCAGCAGUGGGGCGUCGAGCCUGCGAAGUCCGCAUCCAGGUUCGUGGUCGAGGAGGACGGGUACCACAUUCUGAUGGUGGGCAAGCGGAUGCCGCGCAUCAUCGACGAAGAGGUGGCGCCGUUCGUGCUGCAGGCGGCCGCAGAGUAG